UUUGGUCCAACAAAAAGUAUCUCGAGUUACCAAAUCGUUUUUUAUCACAGUUAAAUAGGAUGUGUACUGUGAGAUCUAAUGAUAAAAAAGAUUAAGUAUCUCAAGAUUACCUCGAGAUAUUUUUUUGUUGCACCGAAACAAAUCUCUAGUAAUAUACCGAGCUCGUCACGCACGGCUCCGCGCGCUCGCUGCCAAGCAAACCAUACGCGCGCGCGCGCCAAUGGCGUCCUCGUCUGACCUGAACACGCCGCCGCCGCAGAAGCCGUACGUCGUCGAGGACUGCCGCGGCGUGCUGCAGGUGCUCAGCGACGGCACGGUCGUCCGAGCCGCCGCGCCGCCGUUCCCCGUAGGAGUCGACCAGGACGACGACCGCGUCGAGUGGAAGGACGCCGUGUUCGACGCCGGCCACGGCCUCGUCGUCCGCAUGUACAGGCCGGCGGCGGCGGGCGAAGCGAAGGAGGCGGGGAAGCUUCCGGUGGUCGUGUUCUUCCAUGGUGGCGGGUUCUGCAUCGGGUCGUGCACAUGGCCCAACUUCCACGCCGGCUGCCUCCGCCUCGCCGCCGAGCUGCCCGCGGUGGUGCUCUCCUUCGACUACCGCCUCGCGCCGGAGCACCGCCUACCCGCCGCACACGAGGACACGGCCGCGGCGCUCCUCUGGCUCCGCGACCAGCUCCUCUCCGACCCGUGGCUCGCCGACGCGGCUGACUCCACCCGGGUGUUCGUCUCCGGGGAAUCCGCCGGCGGCAACUGCGCCCACCACCUCGCCGUCCAGUUCGGCACGGCGGGGCUCGACCCGGUGAGAAUCGCCGGGUACAUUCUCCUCAUGCCGGCGUUCAUCUCGGAGAAGCCGACACGGUCGGAGCUGGAGGCGCCGGACACCGCGUUCCUCACGCGCGACAUGUGCGACCGCUACUGCCGCCUCGCGCUGCCCGCCGGAGCUGGCAAGGACCACCCGCUGACGAACCCGUUCGGGCCGGAGAGCCGGAGCCUGGAGGCGGUGGACGUCGGCCGCGUGCUGGUCGUCGCCGCGGAGGGCGACCUGCUCAAGGACAAGAACGCCGAGUACGUGGAGCGGAUGAAGGCGAUGGGGAAGGACGUGGAGCUGGUUGUCUUCCCCGGCGAGGAGCACGCCUUCUUCGGCGUGAAGCCAAUGUCAGCUGCCACCGGCGAGCUCGUCGAGCUCAUCAAGAGGUUCAUCGCCGGCGCCGGAGCGGCCGAGUAAAGCGAGAGCGACAGACAUGGCAUGGCAGCCAAUCAAGUCGGUAUGUCAAAUGUGUCCUUGCAAUAAUAAUGGAGCUGUGAUGUUUUCUUCAAUAAAUAAUUUUGUUUCUCCACAAUAUAUAUGUGCUUUUGUGGCUACAAAUUGAGCACGACGAGGAGUACGAAAUCUAGGCAAAUUUCUGUCACUGUUGUGUUGAAAUACCUGUCGCAAUUUAUCAGGAUGAUUUCUUAGGGCAACCAUAAUAUAUUAAACAAAAGCAGGUAGCUAGCAAUUAAUAUAGCCUUGUAACAGGUAAUGUUGUACUGUGGAUAAGAUACCACGGAUAACUGCUAUAUUUAUAAACGAAAAAUAAUUU